AUGCCAGUCAGCUUCGACGAUGGCCACGAAAGGGCCGAAGCGUCUCCAGCGGUAGUUCAAGGCGCUCCGACGGCCCACGAAAGGGGAGACGACGUCAACGCGCGGAUACUCGCGACCCUCGUCGGCCUCCAAGCGCGCAUGGCGCAGAUGGAGGUCUCGCAGCAGAAGCUCGACGAAGAAGAGCGGAUGAUGGGCGCGAUUGAGUCAGGAAUGUUUCGCUCUGCGCUUUCCAACGGUCGCGGCGGUGCUCCGUUGCAUAUCGAUGCACUCGGACAUCCACCGGUGCGUCCAAGAACUGGACAAGGUCAUUCGAGCAUGCUACAUCAUGGAGCAGGUCAACAUGCGGCGCAGCCAGAGUGUAGGGCACCGCAAGCAUCACCACCAGUACGCGCACCUUAUUCUAGUUCGAAGUACGCGGUGGCUCAAGAUUACGCGAGAAGGAUGGAGCCGGAUGCGCAGCGAGCAAUGCGAGUUCCGAAUGAGCGCCAACGACGGCUAACAAUUCGAAAGUUUGAUGGCUCCGAGCUAUAUCGUGGCUUAGGCUCCGGUUUCCUUGACUAG